UAAGCUUUGUGCAGCCUUGUAAUGCUUGAUCCUUUACGGUUUCAGCUCAUAGACGGUGAAUCCUCUCAGCGUUGAAAAAGAAUUUUAAACAAAAGUCAAAUGGAUUAUCGCUCUAAAAACGAGGUAUACUAGAGCAAGGAUCGCUUAUCUUGGUUCUGCAUAAAUAUUGGCCGGGAAUAGAGAUUUAAAACCAACGCACUAAAGGACAUUACUGGUGCAGGAUGGAGGCAAGGCGAGCGCUGUUUGGUGUUGUUAUGGUUCUGGUUUUGGCCUACUCUUCUUGUAAUACUUGCACAAAUAACUCUCACGUUGUCACAACGUUCAAGGAACUUAUUUCAGAUGGUGGUGCUUCAGAGUUCAAGGGUUCGUUGAAGGCACUAAAUUACAGCGAGCUAUUGGUUACAAAUGGUUAUCUGUAUGUUGGAGCAAGGAAUUACGUUUUCAUGAUAGAUAUCAAUGAUUUCUCGGAGCUCAAGGCUGGAAAUUAUUCGUCUACAAAAAGUGACGCCCAGCGCUGCAUGUUGAGAAACCCAAAGGAAGAGUGCUUCAACUUUAUUCGAGUCUUACAGCCUUUUGAGGGGAGACUGUUUGUUUGCGGAACGAAUUCCUACAAACCUAUUUGCAUGUGGAAAAACCUUACAGACCUGUCCACCGCAAAACAAAGAGACGAUAAGGGAAAUGUAUUCCCUAGACAGGUUGAUGGAGUAGGACUGGCUCCUUAUAGCCCUAAAUUCCACAGCACUGGUAUAAUAUCAGAGUAUGGACGAUAUUACGCGGGUACUAUGCGAGACGGUGCAGCACGUGACUCUACGAUAUUUAGCUUUGACUUCAAAGCACGGAGGCGUAUCCUGGAGACGAGUAGAGGGAACAGAAAAUGGCUGAGCGAUUCAGAGUUUGUGAAGAGCUUCAGUCUUGGUAGCUAUGUGUAUUUUUUCUUCCGGGAGGCAGCCGUGGAAAAUGGCUGUACCAAGACAAGGUUUUCUAGAGUCGCUAGAAUCUGUAAGGGCGACUAUGGUGGAAACGAGUACUUUUUAAAGAAGAAUUUCGUAACGUACAACAAAGCCAGAAUAGUCUGUCAAACAAAGGGACAGUAUCCUGCCUACUUUGAUGAGAUCCAGGAUGUGUUCUGGGACGAAAGCAGUUCUGUGUUCUACGCAAUCUUCACCACACAACCGAAUGGUGUGGAUGGGUCUGCAAUAUGUGCGUUUACCAUACAAGAUAUUGAACGAGUUUUUAAUGGCAACUAUAAAUACUACGACAAAGUGACAAGAAACUGGGUGUCUAGAGCCAACCAACACCAUUUUGAAAACUGUUCCGUGAAAGCCAGCAGUCAAGAACAAGGUCUUCCAGAAUCCUACAAGAAGAGACUUGUCCCAGAAGGGAUGAUGGCGACCCGCAUCAUGACAGGCGCGGCACUAGACGACACAAAGAAGUACCAACUGAUGAAUGAAAUAGUUUAUCCUCGAAGCACAACAGCUCAGUACAUCGAGCAUGGAUUACGAUUCAGCACUGUUGCUGUUGACCAUGUCGUUAACAGGAUCGUUAUGUAUGUAGGAACAGACAAAGGAUCAGUAAUCAAGUUAUUCAAACCCAUUGGCCACAAUGAAUCCUGUAUUCUGGAAGAAAUAAAGAUCUCUGAUAAUCAAGACAGUCCAAUCACUAAAAUGCACCUUGAUUCCCAAAGGGUUUACCUAUACGUGGCUACCAAUAACAAGCUAGUGAGAGUAAAACUGAGUCGUUGUGAAAGACACAAAAACAAAGAAUCCUGUAUUCAAGCUAACGAUCCUUACUGUGGUUGGUCUUCAGGGCGCUGUUCCUCAUGGAAAAACAGAGAUCGUAAUUCUGGAUGGGAGCAGUCUCUUAAUAGAUGUCCCUCAGCUAAACCGGUAUGGUCCGAGUGGUCUAAAUGGAAAGUAUGCACCCAAGAAAAUAACAACGUAUGCCAGUGCCGAAGAAGGACAUGUCUUAACACGUGUAACUCCAGUGAUUGUCCUGGCAGUGCUAUCGACCUUAAACAGUGUACAGUUGACAAAUACCACUGGACAACCGAAGCCAACUGGUUGAACCAAGGUGUGAUCCAUGGUAACUGGACCCCGUGGACUGAAUGGACUCCAUGUCCUGUGACGCUGGGGGUCGGCGUAAAGAGGCGAUUACGAAUGUGUAUGAACCCUCCACCCAGUAAUGGUGGAAGACGUUGCCAUGGUGACUCGGUCGAGUACAUGGAAUGUAGUGUGGAGCAGCCGCUGAAAGAGAAGAAGCAAGUAAUCUGGACAGAAGCGAUGGGUGUGUUAGGGCAGGAGAAUACAGCAGUACGUGUGAUGUACACGUGUUCUGUACAGGGACAUAACCUCACUAACAUGACUCUGAACCUCACCAAGAUAGACAAGAUUGACUGCACUGAACACAAACAAAUCUGUAAAAUUCCACCAACGGUCCCCCCAGGUGUAUGGAGUAGCUGGGCUGAGUGGAGUAAGUGCAAGGUGGUUGGGAUGCAACACCGGACACGAGAUUGUAAAGAUGUGGAUAAACCAUGUGUUGGCGAUAAGAAACAAGAAAGACAGUGCUAUCCUGUGACCAUCAAGCCUACAACCCCGUCUAUCCCAACACCAGGUCUUACAACUCCUAAAGGCAAAUCAUUCGCAAAGACAUACGAGGGAACAAACACAGUAUCAACAAAGACCGGUUACCGGAUAGGAGACGUGAUAGGAGCCGCCAUAGUGACCGGGGUUCUUGUACUCGUCUUAUGUGCCGUCAUGGCUUACAUCGUCAUUCGAAGAAGAAAAAACUUCGAUGUUUCCAAAGCAUUUGAAAAAAGUAUACAAGAACCUUCUAAUGAAAGUAAAUACGAACGAACAAACGGGCUAGACAACCAAAGUAAUAGUAGCAAGGACCGUAACAGUAGUGCUAAACUACAGCCUGUUGUUGUGGAAGCCAAUAGCAGUCGGUCACUAAAGGACGUGUUCAAAAAACACAAGAAACACAGUCCAGAAUCUGUAUAGUUGCUACUGGCUACGGUGGCUUGAGCAGUGCAGAAUAUUAUGUUGGAGAUUAUAGUUUUUGUUACUGGAAGGAAUCUACAAUGAAUAUUUCUUCGUACGUAUGGCCACUCUCCUGAUGGUGGUUCCAAGAUACACAUUUAACUUGUGGUCCGGAACGCCGCGUCAAUCACGUUCCAAAUACAUCAUUUUCUUUGGUUGUGUUUGGAUGAAGUUAGUUAAGUUCAAUUCCAUACUUAUCUCCAUAGAAACGAGACCAAUCAGCCAGACCUACUUUAUGGCUGUUAUCUCCAUGGAAUCAAAUCACGUUUUAUAAGCAAUAAUUUAUGUUACGUUGUCUCCUGGAAAAAGAGACAAUACAUAUUGCCAGAGUUUAUUCCUCGAAUUUUUGUAUCCAUAGAAACAAGUUACAUUUUUUCGUUCAGAGAUGUUUUCUUAUUUUUGAGAACGAUAAUUUUUUAUUGGAUGGAACUUUCUAUUUUAAGCUGAGGUUAUCUCCAUGGAAACAAAACCAACUUUUUAUUGCCAGCAUGCUGUUUAAGAAUGUUUAUUAUUUCCAUGGAAACCAGGAAACUUGUCUUAUUGGCUAAUCCAGUAUGGAGACGUUUUUAUCAACCUGACACAACUUUAUUGCUAAGUUAUUUUUAAAAGCACCAACUCACCUAGAAGAUUUACGCCAUAAAAAUUUGUCAUAAAAAUAUUGGUGCAAAGAUGUACACCCAUGGUGGUCCAUGAUCCACUGCGUGCCUAGACACUUGAACACUCUGCCAACAAGUGCUAGCUUAUUUAUUUGUGUACAUAUAUAGUUAUGUAUAUACGCAAGGUACAAGGCUUAGAUAAAUUAUAUGAAAAGAUAGCAGACUGAAAUGACGCUAAAGAAAACUAAGAUACGGUUAAUUGUCAUUAGUGGUCUUGUCUAGCCAGACAGAUUUCUCCAGCUACAAGCUUUUGUUUUAUUCAAGUCAAGGCUAUCGUUCAGGUACCCAAAGUGCUAAGGGUAUAUACUUAAUAUUGAUUUUCUGGGUGUAUCAGAGCAAAGUAUGGUUAAUUUCUAACCCAUGUUGGGCUCCUAACGUUAAUAUGUUGGGGAAGAUGAGACCCAUGAUCUUGGUGGAACACUACUGAAUGGUGUUGAACUAGAAAAUCACUGCAAAAACCAAGAUGGCGCCCAACAAAUUUUAAUCGCCUUGUUUUAUGAGGCAAAUAAAGUGUUUACUUUUAAUUUCAA